UUCAUCAAUCGAUUUGAGUUUCGACUUUGGGAUACGUGCGUGUUUGCGUUUAUACACUGAAUUGUGAUUGACUGAAUUAAGUUUUCAAACGUCGGCGUCUCACGAAUUUGAAGAAGUUUCCAAAAGUUUUCCAAAACUGCAAACUCCAGUCGGACGACAGGAGAGGAGAUAAUAUGAUUCUUCAAAGAGACCAGUUCCUUCUCCAAUAAGAUCAUGGAGUCUUACAUCCGUGGAGGAUGGUGGCGAUGGAAGUUCCGUAACGUCCUGCCAGUUGCCCUGCUGUUGAUGUCCGUGCAAAGACAAGUGUUGAGCUGUAGUAACUCCAACUGCGUUGUGGUGCUCAAGGACUCCCAGGGUACAUUCAACUCCCCCUGCUACCCACAAGAUUACCCCAGUAGUCAGGCCUGCAAGUGGACUCUGCAGGCUCCAGCUGGAUUCAUUGUGCAAAUAACCUUCCUCGACUUUGAGCUUGAGGAGGCCCUUGGGUGCAUCUACGACCGCAUCAUUGUCAACACGGGCAACCAAGAUGUUAAGUUUUGUGGCUUAACAGCCAACGGACUGACGCUAAACUCCACCGGCAAUGUGAUGGAGGUGUCAUUUAACUCAGACUUUAGCGUCCAAAAGAAAGGAUUCAGUGUCAGUUACAGGCAAGUUGCCGUGGCGCUAAGGAACCAGAAGGUCACAGUGUCCAACGGCGCAGGCAAAGUGGUCCAAGUCUCCAACUUGGUGACCAUACCUACCCUUCAGCAGUUCACCGUGUGCUUCGAGAUAGCCCAGCCCAACCAAAAGAGCAAGGAGACUAUCUUCUCUUACACCUGGCAAGAGAACAGCAGUGGUGAAGAAGCCCUCAGCUUCGGAAAUAACCAGGAUGGAGUGGCGCUGGUCAUGAGUAACGAGACAUGUCUGCUAGACUCUAUCCUCAACGCCUCGGACUUCACUUCCACCAUGAAGCAAUUCUGUCUCACGUGGGCCUCCACCACAGGCAAAGUGACCCUCUACUACAACAGCAACUACAGGGUCAAGACCUGCUCCAACACGAUUGGGCGCUCGGUGGGGGCUGGGGGGCUCUUCAGGCUGGGGUCCCAUAGCAGCUUUGAUGGGACCAUCUAUAACUUCCGCCUGUGGGAUUACGCCAUGGACAUGAGACAGCUGGUCGCCCUUACCUGUGACGCCGUCGGCAACGUCAUCGACUGGGACAACAGCUUCUGGGACAUCCCCUCUUCACUGGCACAGACGGACAGCACACUGAGCUGCAGUACCUCUGUACCCGUCAAUACAUCACAGACCACCAGCUGUGCCUCUCCUGGACUGGGCUGCCCAGUAACGACUACUCCCCCAUUAUCCCCUACUACUAACACCCCAGCUAACAUCACCACUACCCCGGCAGUGUCUGAAGCCACUACUACCCCACCGUCCUCGACUAACAUGUCUCCUACUGUCAUGUCCACUAACAUCAUCAAGCUGGUGACCUCCUCCACCACCACCACCCCCCACACCAGGCCUCACGUCCUGCCUGGCCCCCGCAGCUCUAAAACCUCCCUGGGCUACAUCUCCACCCCACUCAUCUGGCCCGUGAGGAAGAAACCUGAGGCCUCUGUUACCCGCCUCCCAGUCAGACCCAUCCUCUAUCUAACCAAGCCUCAUCCUGUACCAGCAACAAAUAUGUCUCUCAGGCCCAAGGUGACUACAACAACAACAGCGCCCGUGGCCAGGAAAACACAUGCCGUAUCCAGGGCCGUGACCAGUCCCCAGGGGUUGUUCCCAUGGCGACCGGUGGAUGUUGGGAACAGUAGCGAUGCGGAGGACGUGGAGUCAUUCCCAGCAGCGGUGUCAGCAUCACUCAGCAACCGUAAGAAGAAUAAGCCCUUGGCUCCCCCCCACUGGAUCCCAUUGAGUCCCAGCAGAGAGAACAGCAACAGCAGCACUGUGAACUGGACUGAGCCCCUGGAGGAGUACACAUCAGGCUCUGAGCCAUUCAUUUACGACCUGGACCUAGGGGAUGACCCCUUUAGCCUUUUCCAAUAUGACUCGUCCUACUCCCUGGAUGAAGGCCUGGCUCUGGCCGCCUCCGGCCCACAGAACCUUUCCCACGCUGGGACUGGAGUCAGUACUGAGGGCCCAGGCCGUGUGACUGUGAGCGACCCUGUUACCGCCGUGGGUGGAGGGGAACAUUUACACAAUCAAUCAGAGCCCAGUUUGCCCCAGGAGGCGUUGGCAGGAGGCGCGCUGGCAGAGGCUGGGAGAGAGGCUAGGACCGGGGAGCAGGGUGUGGUGGUGGCAGCACACAGCAGCUGGGCUCAAAUCCCUCCUUUCAGCACGACUCCAGAGAGGACAGGUGUGCAAACGGAUCAGGCCCGGCCCGGCAGCGGCUUCAUAUGGAACAAAGUGAUAUUCACUUGCCAGGCCCUGCUGGUCUAUCAGACCACCACCAAUGUGACCCUGGGAGAAGUAGCCAUCUCCACCAGGAUGGUGGGAAGCAGCCCGAACAUUGGCAAUGGACUGGAGCUAGAAGCUGUCGCCGUGCAGUCUGUCGAGAACUGCCCGGAGGAAACUCCCCUCCAUUAUAUCUGGCCAGAGAGCAGACCAACGGUCACUCAGUAUGUCCCCUGUUUCCCCAACAAAGACCAGACUACAUCCAGAACAUGUGAGAUCAGCCCCCUGAAUUACACAGCGUUUUGGGUCGGCCCAGACCUCAGUAAUUGCACUGAUAUCGAUUCCAUCAAUGUUUCAGCAGAGAACGCUGCUGAAGUUGCCGACCAGCUUGCUGACAUCACCAACAACGAGCUCUCCAUAGACGAGGUGUUCAAGGUGGUGGGCAAAGUGAAGCAGCUUGUCAACGUGGCCAAGAUCAACACCACUCUGGCCACCACCGUAUUGAACAUCAUCUCCAACGUGAUGACCAGCUCUGUGUCAGCCCUGGCUGUAGCCUCAGAGAGGACAUUGAAGACGGUGGAUGAGCUGGUUCAGAAGUUAGAGUUUGAUGGGCCUUCAGUGAGCAUCACCUCUAAAAAUCUGGCUCUGGGCAUCUCAACACUGAACCAUGGCAAGUUCAACGGGACCUCCUUCAGUGCCUUCAUACAACCCAACACCACAGACCUCCAGAUUGACUUUGAGUCUAACCAGCUGAAUCCCCUGGCUCAGGUCACACUGCCAGCUACUUUGCUCAGAAACCUGACCGACGCUGAGACCACUGCCAUCUCCAGGAUUAACUUCAUGUUCUUCAGCAAGAUAGGACUAUUCCAGGAUGAACAGGACGGGUUGUCUCUUAACAGCUAUGUUGUGGCCAGCAGUGUGGGCAAUUACUCCAUCAGUAACCUGCAGGAUCCCGUGGAGAUUGAGAUAGUACACCUGAACUACCAGCCAAAGCCAAAGCCAACCUGCAUGUUCUGGGAUUUUACCAUGAAAAAUGGUUCAGGUGGCUGGAACAGUAAAGGCUGCAGGGUUAGUCCCAUGUCCAAUGGAAACAAGACUAUCUGCCUCUGUGACCAUCUCACACACUUUGGCAUCCUAAUGGAUAUCUCUGGAUCUGCUGAACAUAUUGAUGAGAAAAACACCAAGAUUCUUACCUUCAUCACCUACAUCGGAUGUGGCAUAUCGGCCAUCUUCUCUGCUGUAACGCUUCUAACUUAUAUUGCCUUUGAGAAGUUGCGUCGUGACUACCCGUCCAAGAUCCUGAUGAACCUGAGCACGUCACUGCUCUUCCUCAACAUGUUGUUCCUAUUGGAUGGCUGGCUGGCCUCCUUUGAAAUGGAGGGCCUGUGUGUGGCUGUGGCUGUCUUCCUCCACUUCUUCCUGCUCACAUCCUUCACCUGGAUGGGCCUUGAGUCCAUCCACAUGUACAUCGCCCUGGUAAAAGUUUUCAACACCUACAUCCGGAGGUACAUUCUCAAGUUCUGCAUCGUCGGCUGGGGUCUGCCUGCUGCGAUAGUUGCUACAGUGGUAGCUAUUGACAAAAACUCCUAUGGGAAAAUGGAGUAUGGAAAGGGGGAGACUGGACAAGGCUCUUCUGAAUUCUGUUGGAUCCGGAGCCAGGUGGUGUUCUAUGUGACGUGUGUGGGCUACUUCUCUGUAAUCUUCCUCCUGAACGUGGCCAUGUUCAUCGUGGUUAUGAUCCAGAUCUGCGGUCGUAACGGGAAGCGCAGCAACCGCGCGCUGCGUGAGGAGGUGCUGAGGAACCUGAGGAGCGUCAUCAGUCUCACCUUCCUCCUGGGCAUGACCUGGGGCUUCGCCUUCUUCGCCUGGGGACCCGUCAACCUGGCCUUCAUGUACCUCUUCUCCAUCUUCAACUCACUGCAAGGUUUAUUCAUCUUCAUAUUCCACUGUGCACUGAAAGAGAAUGUCCAGAAACAGUGGAGGAGAUACUUGUGCUGUGGCAGAUUCCGCCUGGCAGACAACUCAGACUGGAGCAAGACGGCCACUAACAACACCAAGAAGGUCAGCUCAGACACGGUGGGGAAGUCCCUGUCCUCCAGCUCUUUUGGCUCCAGUACAGCAAACUGGACUUCCAAGGCCAAAGCAACUCUAAACCCCUUUGCAAAGCGCAACAGUAAUGCAGGUAAAGGUUACUCCAACCAGACCAAUCCUAAAAGUGUCUCCUUGGAUGGUGAGGCCUCCUCUUCCUCCUCCUCCAUCAUCCCAGUGCACCAAGUCAUUGACAAGGUCAAAGGUUACUGCUCGGCGCGCUCUGACAACUUCUACAAGAACAUCAUCAUGUCGGACAGCUUCAGCCACAGCACCAAAUUCUAGCCCACCCAGCACUUCUCUUCCUCCUCCUGCUUUUUCUGCUAGCCCCUAACCAGUGGUGAUCUCCCCAGUCCACAGUGUCACCCCAGGGUUGUAGCUUCCAGAGCAACAGGGCUGUAUUGUUUUUACUGUACAAUAUUUGACUUAAUCAGCUGGUCCAGUCAGUGAGAUGUACUGAAAAGGGAAGUGAGGAAAUGCAUAGUUCUGUAGAAAAGGGAAUGGCUAAGCGGAGAAUGGAGUUUGGGAUUUACAUACUGUGACAUUAAUCUUUAACUGGCUAUGUGUUGUGUAAAUAUUUAUGGUAUAUCUAAUACGCCCCCUAUAAUUGAUUCUCAGUUGGUGUUGCACAUGCCUUGGGUUUUCAGUAGGGUCACCUUUCCUGUACAGAAAUAUCAACAAUCUUAACUGUUCUGUUCUCAUUCUGCAAUCUGUAGAAAUCCAGUAUGAGCAACAGGGAAGCAAAAUCCUCCAAUCUGGACCAAAUAUUCAGGCUUAGGCCUAUAUUUCAAACCCAAAGAUGACCAAACAUGAGGGAGUUUUUAAAAGCUGUAGCGUUGUCAAUGUGUGCUCAAAAGGAACAGGUUGAGGUGUAGUUCUGGUUUUAGUCAUCUAUUUGUGAAUCCUGUGUGUGUUUAUUUGCUGGAAAGAAAUGUUAUGUUCCUUUACAGUGCCUCGCAUGAGGAGGUUUUGCAUAAAGUACUUUAUCUUGGUCAGCCUACCAACAUCAUCAUCAAGACUAUGUUAUAUUUGUCAUGUAUAUAUUUUUUAAACCUUCAGAUGCUCUACUACUGAAUAACACAUGCAGAAAUGGAUGUCUGGUAUUGGUCCAUUCACUACUACUUCAUUUUGGUCACUUCGAUUUAGGACAACCUCUGUGGGUGAUCUAUGUUUAAAGUGUCAUUUAGUCUGACUCUUCUAUGGAUAGAGGUUACCAGAGCCAUGUAUUCACAAUAAAUAUAUGUCUGUAGAGGUUACUAAACCCGCAGCCUUUAAACUUACAUUUGGUAAGAUAGUUUCAUAAACAUUCCACAUUGAAUUAUUCCACAAUACAGCAACUCACAACAGACUGUAAUGAUUGAAAAGGGACGACAAACACUGGCAUUAUUUGUUCAUGCACGUUCAUGCCAACAUUUUAAAAUGGCAACAUGUUAAUCUGCUCUUCAGUGUUGCUUUAGUUCACUUAAUAUGGUAGUCGUAUUGUCCCACCAAUAGGGGAACUGAAUAUAUUGCAUUGUGUUAAAUGUUGCUGUGUGAGCUAUUGUUGUUUGUGUUUGUGAAGCGAUGGAACAAUGUUGUUUAAAAGUGUCUUUAUAUUUAUUUCUAUAGAGCUUUUUGCAUUUGUUGUUCCUCUUGAAUCCCCAAUGCCAGUUGAUCAGGACUAUGCCCCUGGAUAGAUAGAUAGAUAUACUGUUUUUGGAAAGAUGUAACUUGGUGGGUAAACAAAGCAUCGCUCUUGACCUGGGCAGGCGAAUAGGGCCAGUUAUAUUUUGGAAGCAGUCAGUGUUCUCAACUGUUCUUUUCCAGCAUCAGGAAAAUAAUUGGAGCAUCAAUGAGAAAUUCCCUCAGGGGCCAAAUUUCAAGAGGUAAUGUGGUGUUGAACAGAUUUGGGGUCUUCAUUUCAAGAACGUGUGGGAAGGGAUUACAGUGGUUUGAGACCGUAAGAUGGAGUUCUCAUCUUUACAAUGAAUUGGAAAAUGAAUGCUGGCAUCAUCUUUAUACAUAUUUGAAUAAGAUAUUCCAAAAUACACAUUUCCCAAUAUUCAAAAAAGUAGUUAUCAACCUUUAUCAAGUAAUGUUAUUUGUUAUAGGCUAUUAUUUAGAGGUGCACAUUGUUCUAUCAAUGCAGAGAGAAUCCAGACAUCAUUUUCUCUGAUUCAUUUGUACAUUUCCCUAAUAAUUAAAUCAUGUUUCCAGGACAAAGAGCUAGGAAAUUACGAUGGUUAGAUCCAAACCAAUAUUCUACUUAAGAUGUAUCACUGAUUUAAUAUGGAUGGUCUGGGUCUAUUUGACAACAUUCUCCAAACCCUGUUUAUUAGUUUUUCCACAACUUUUGUCAAUAAUAUAUUUUCUUGAAGCUGUCUCUGUAUGUCUCAACACCAUUGAUGAAUUGUGUUUCACCAAUAAAGGGAAUUAAAAGAACUGA